AUGUUACCAGAUACUAGUACAGCCGCCAAUACAACAACAACCGCUGCAGCCAACAAUGCAACAACCGCCGAUACAACAGCAGUUGUCGCAGCCAACAAUGCAACAACCGCCGAUGCAACAGCAGUUGUCGCAGUAAACAAUGCAACAACCGCCGAUACAACAGCAGCCGUCGCAGCCAACAAUGCAACAGCCACCGCCGGCGGCGCGCAACAGCAGCUGCCAAUCCAGCUAGUAACGUCGCCCAUACAACAGCAGCAGCCAUUAAUGCAGCAGCUACCAUUGCAACAUCAACAGCCACAGAUGCAACAGCAACUGACUUCGAUGCAACAACAACAGCCAUUCAUGCAACCGCCGCCAAUAACACAGCAACCACCGCCGACGCAGCAGGUUCCCCAAAUGAUGCAUCAGCCGCCGAUGUAUCAAAAUGUUCAAUCGCAACAGGUAUUGCAAUGGCAACAGCAGCCAACCAAGCAACAAAAACCCGGGGUACAACUGCCAUUUAGAAAACAAUUCUCUCAACGUCCACCGUCACAAAACCUCCAGCAGGAGCAAUUUAUCAAUAACCAUGAAGCUUCUUACGAUUCUUCCAUUGCGGAGAUCUCAAGUCAAGAAAACAAUAUGAUGCAACAAAAAGGCGUUGAAAGCCAGCCAAUUCACAAGCCUCCACCAGCAAAGGAUAACACUCCUGACGCACCCAAAAAUUGGGUAGUGGAAAUGAGGAAAUGGAAGCAGGAGAUGGAUAAAGAGCGUUGGAGGCAGGACCAGAGACUGACAGCUCUAGAACGGUUUGUAAGCAAAUACCGAUUGGAGGAAAGGGGAAGGGAAAGAAAAAGAAGAGAAAGAAAUUAG